AUGUUAUGUUUAAGUGAUGCACAGUCUCUAUGUUUAUUACAAUUGUCGCAAAUAGUAUCAAGUUUAACUAAGAGGAACUUUCCACAAAGCUCUAGAGAGAUUUCAGAGCUUUGUAAACAAUUUGGGAUUGAGGCAGAAAGGCAUCUUCUGCGCUGUUUGUUUUCAUCGAUUGAUUUUGGAGACGCACAUUCAGUGAAAAAUAAUUCAUUACAAGCUAAACUUUUAUCAAGUGAACUAUCAUCAAUACUAAAUAAGCCAUCUUUUGUAUCGAGCAUCUGUUUUGCUAUCGAAAAUCCACUGUCACAGCAAAAGACUUUGAGACCAACCCAACAUCUUAUAAAUCAAAUCUCAAAGGCUCUUAAUUGCUCACAAAUCCAGGAGAUUUCGUUGGCAAUUGCUCUAAGGAACUCGCUUAAUCCAGAUCUAGCCAAGUUCGCAGAGCAACAUUUAAAAAUUUGCUUACCUCAACUUAUACAAAAUUAUCUAGAUUCAUCAAGACCGUCGGAAGGAACAUUAACUGAUAUAUCGCCGGAAUUACUUCAGUUAUUGCUAUCGCUUAUUGCAUACGGAAAGCAUUCAUUUUUCAACCUAAGUGAUUCAAUCUAUAACAAAUUUAUAAAGAAAUUGUGUAGAGACUUUCCACGCGAUCACGUUCCACUAAUUUUAACGCCUUUACUCUACCUUGAAGAAAGUGAAAUUUCCACGGAAUCUUUAUUAUCUAAUUCGCAAAAUAUAUUCAAGUCAAGCAUUAUGGACACGUCUUGGUCGAAGCUCAUAAUGGAAAUUGGAUAUUCCUUGACACAAUCUGUAGAUGAUUGCAAGACUCAUCUGAUGAAAGGAGGAGGACGAGAUGUAACAGCUCAAGAUGUCGCUAAAAUAAUAUCUUUAAUGUGCUUAACGCAUACAAAUUUAUCGGAUAGUAGCAUCAACUUGCCAACACCCAAUGCUUUUUGGUCAUCAAAUAGCUCACAAUCGAAUGAUCCUGCAAGUAGCAAUUCUGCAGGACAAAAAGAGAAAUUGACGAUUGAAAGUGCAUCAUGGAAGCCAGAAAUUUUCGUUCAAGCAUUAAAGGAAGUCGUACCAAAUUUGAACUGGAAGGAAGUAUGUUUGGGACUUGAUCAUCCAGAAUUCGCUAUUAAGGAUCGAAUUGGAUUGAACUUGUUGAUCACAACAAUUCGUCUUGGCUUUCAAUCGAGCGGAAUGGGACAAAACUUCCCAGCUGAAUGCAUUUAUAGACAUUGGCAGAACGUUGAAGGACAUUUGACAUUGAUUGCAGCAAUUCUGAAAAAUUCUGAUAUCUAUUCAUUUGCUGAUCACAUCUAUAGUUCAGUUCCAAUUGAGGUUCUUAAAACACCACCAGAGCCUGACAAUAAGGAAGUAAAUUCAUGGAAAUCUGUUCAUUUGGUCGAAACACUUUUGUACAUCUCCGAUAAUGGAUAUUAUAACCAAGCUUUGGAAAUAUUGAAAUUUCCACUUCAACAUUGUCCUGACAUCCUAUUUAUGGCCCUACUACAUUCAAAUGGACCACUUACAGUCCUUCGUCAAGAGCUUUUUACAAGCCUUGUGCCUGUUUUCUUAAGCAAUCAUCCAAAUUCUGGUCCAAUUUUACAUCAUGCAUGGAAUUCAUCAAACUACGGAGCGAUCAAGAACGUCAUUAUGAUGUCUAUGAAUGAGUCAUACAUACGAAGCGAUAGUGAUCAAUCUCGACUGUCUAGAAUACUUGAUAUUGCUCAAGAUCUGAAAGCAUUAUCUAAUUUAUUAAACUCGAGAGAUUCACGAUUCUUUAUGUUUGUGAUUGACUUGGCAUGUCUUGCAUCACGUCGCGAAUAUCUUAAAUUAGAUAAAUGGCUAUCAGAUAAGUUACGCGAACAUGGAGAUCAAUUUGCAGCUGCUCUUGUGAAAUUUCUACAAAGAAGAUGUCCUCAAAUUAUGGGAAAAGCUGCAGACGAUCAAAUGUCAAAAUCUGGACAAUUGCAGCCUGAAACUCUAAACCUCAUUGCUCAAUGUCUUCAUGCUUUUAUUCCUAAUAUUCAUUCGCCUGAUGUGGCUGAACAAGCAACAACAAUUGUCACGAAUUGCAAUUUACUGUUGAACAAACGUCGACAAUUUCAACCAAUUUUACGUGGAAACAGCCAAAUGGGAGGAAUGGAUGCAUCAUUUUCUAAUGCUGGUCUUCAAAACUUCCAAACUGGAAUGAAUUCUGUCUUGAAUGACAUUAGUGCUGGGAUGAAUGCAUUAAAUUUAAGUGGUGUAAAUCCUAAUAGUAACGCUUUUAAUGCUUUCGGGAAUAUGUUAGGGAAUUUAGGUAAUACGCCAGCAUCUCCAUCACGUUUAAUGUCAGCUUUAAAUAGUGCAACAUCAAAUAGUCCAUUUCCAAUGCAAGUUAAUGCACCACCACAACAAAAUCUUGGACGAAUUGGAACGACACCAACGGGUGAUAAGCAUAACAUCUUAAAUCCAUUGCCAGGAGCUCAACAAAAUCCAACAGCACAGGUUCCACCACAGUCACAACAAUCUUUGUUUGGUGAACAGCCACCAAUAUCAAGUGAAAUUGAAGAGGAAGCAAACGGUUACUUCCAAAGGAUUUAUAAUCAUCCACCACAUCCAACAUUAUCAAUUGAUGAGGUUCUUGACAUGCUUAAAAGAUUCUCAGAAUCAUCAAAUCGUCGUGAACGAGAAGUUCAUCAUUGUAUGCUGAGAAAUUUACUCGAAGAAUACAAGUUCUUUCCACAAUAUCCAGAGAAGGAACUGCAAAUUACAGCACAACUUUUUGGUGGAAUGAUUGAGAGAAAUCUUGUUGAUACAUACUUGACAUUGGGGCUUGCAUUAAGGUAUGUUUUGGAAGCAUUAAGAAAACCUGAAGGAUCAAAAAUGUAUUACUUUGGUAUCACAGCAAUGGAUCGCUUUAAGAACCGCCUACAUACUUAUCAAAAAUAUUGUGAACACGUACGAUCCAUUCCCCAUUUCAAUUCAUUUCCACCUCAUUUAAUCAAGUAUGUCGAAUAUGGAUGUAAUUCAGAAUUGCCACCAGACAUCCCUCAAGCACCAUUUAAUCCAACAACGUCUGAUACAAGUGGACAAUUAUUACCAAAUACUGGAUCACAUUUGCCCAUAACAUCAGCACAGUCUCUUUAUAGAAGUAAUUCAGUUACUGGAAAUAUUGUAACGCAGGCAAAAUCCACACCUUCGUCCACAACAACGACAACGCCGAGUAGCAGCUCAGUUCUGCCUUCAAAAUCAUUCAAGUCAAUUGCAAAUGCCACAAAUAUUGACACUCUUUUAGUUGCGAAUGAAACGGAAAGUGAGAAAAUUAUUGUGCCUCCAGAUGCAGUUCAAGACAAGACGGCAUUUAUUUUCAAUAAUUUGAGUCAAUUGAAUUUAACGACAAAAUGUGAGGAAAUAAGGGAAAUCUUGCAAAAGGAAUUUUAUGCUUGGAUGUCACAAUAUUUGGUAUUGAAGAGAGCCAGUAUUGAAAUUAAUUUCCAUACACUUUAUUCGAAUCUUUUGGAAGCAUUAAAAAUUCAAGAAUUGUUGAUACUCACAACAAAUGAGACUUUUAGAAAUAUAAAGGUGCUAUUGAGAAGUGAUAAAAGUAUUGCGAAUUUCUCGGACAGGAGUUUAUUGAAAAAUCUUGGACAUUGGUUGGGAAUGUUGACAUUAGGAAGGAAUAGGCCAAUUUUGCAUAAUGAUAUUGACCUUAAGUCAUUAGUUCUUGAAGCAUAUUCAAAGGGACAACAAGAAUUACUUUAUGUCGUUCCCUUUGUAGCGAAAGUAAUUGAAUCAGCAGCUAAGAGUAAAGUCUUUAAGCCACCAAAUCCAUGGACAAUGGCUAUAAUGAAUGUUUUGGCAGAAUUACAUCAAGAACCAGAACUUAAAUUAAAUUUAAAGUUUGAGAUUGAAGUGCUUUGCAAGAGUUUAAACUUGGAAGUUGCCGAUUUGAAGCCUGCUUAUUAUCUUAAAGAUCCAGAAAGGAUUAUUAAAAUUGUUAAUCAAUUAUCGCCACCAAAUAAGCAAAUUAAGGAAUCAUUAAGCCAGCCACCACCAUCAUUAAUUCAAUCAAAUGAAGAAGUUUCGAAUUCAGCAAUAGCUCCAUCAUUACAAUCAGCAUCCCCAGCAAAUUCUACAGAAGCAUUUGCAACUGGACCAAGUGAGCCUCGAUAUCAUCUUAAUGAUAUUGUCAUACAAAACUUCGGAAAUCAUAUUUCAAAUUUGAUUGUGCUCUCUUCAACUUUAGUGCUAUUACAUCCACAAUUAAAAUCUAUUGUUGUUGGAGCAUUAGACAAGACUAUUCGUGAAUGGGUACCGCCAGUUGUAGAUAGGGCUGUGAAAAUAUCAAGCAAGACAACGGAAUCAAUCAUUAGGAAAGACUUUGCACUUGAUACAGAUGAUAAUACAAUGAGACAAGCUGCACAUUGUAUGGCAAGAAAUCUAGCUGCUGGAAUGGCAAUGAUUACGUGUAAGGAUCAAUUAAUAUCAGCAAUUCAAACGAAUGUCAAGGCACAAUUAAUUAAUGUCUUAGCGCCACAACAGAAAGAUCAAAUUGACAUGGCAUCUAGCAUGAUUGCAAAUGACAAUGCGGAAUUAGUUUGUGCAUUCAUACAGAAGUUUGCUAUCGAAAGAGCUAUUCCAGAAAUUGAUAAAGCUUUAAACAAUGAUUAUGAUUUAAGAAAGAUGGCAAGACAAGAAGGAAGAACAUUUUGUGAUCACACUGUACUUGCAUAUCAAGCUGAAAGGAUUCCAAAUCAAAUUAGAUUGAAAGUCGGGACAGUUCCUACAGGUCAACUUGCAGUUUAUGAAGAAUUUGGACGUAAUAUUCCUGGAUUCCAGAGAAUAAUUGAUCGUGAAUUAUUUGCAAAAUCAGCGUCUGUGGAUCAACAACAGCAACAACAACAACAACAACAACAACAACAGCAGCAACAACAACAACAACAACAAGCUCCGCCACAACCUCCUCAAUUGCCAUUAGCUCCUGCAACAACUCCAAAUGUUCCUGGAAUUCAAACAGCAAAUAAUCUUCAAUUAUCAAGUAUUGCAGCUAAUGCAUCUCAAUUUGGAACAUCAUUUAAUCAACAAGAUGACUUUGGUAUGGUAUAUGAAGAUUUACAACAAAAGAUUGAGACAUUCAUUAGCAUGUAUGGAGCAAUUCCACAUCUUCAAAUUCAAUCACAAACUAUGCAUGCAUUAUUAGAAUUCGUUAUGGUUGUUCGUAGAACUCGUGAAAAUACAGCACAACAAAAUCUCUUGAAAAAGACUAUCGAGAAUUUAAUGGAAGGAUUUUUAGUCAUCACAGACUAUGCUGAACAAAUCAAAAUUUAUCGAGAUAUCCAUUUAAGGAUUUUAAAGAUUCUGCAAGAUAAUCGUGCAUUUGGACAGGCAUGGACCAAUAAGUGCAUUACGAGAUAUGUUUUGGAAUGUCCUGAAUCGAUGAGAUAUAACGUUGAGGCAAUAGAAAUUCUAAUUACAACAAAUUGCAUCAUUCUUCCUCAAUACGAUGCUGGAUUAGCGACAUUAAUUGAAUCUGGAAACUUUACAGCAGCUAGUUUCGCAACAAAGUUGCUUCAAAUGCACUUUUUGGACGAUAGGUCAAAUGUCACGACACAAGAUGGUGACUUUAAUUGCACAAUUACAAUUUUAGAGAGACUCGCUAAUCAUAAUAACGGCCCAGAAGCCCUAUUAAAUCUCCUCGAAAUCUUGAGAAGCCAGCAAGAUACAAGUAUUAAUCUUAGUGAUCGUGCUGGACAUGGGCCAACAGCUUAUAUCCAUUCUGGAAUGUUACAAGCAAGAAACACAACUGAAGUUGACGAACCUCCAGGUUUCAUCGAAAAAUCUGAGUAUCUAUUAAAGGAUUGGAUUGCUAUUUUCCAUACACCAGGCAUUAAUCGAGAUCAACUAAAAUCAUUCUCGACUUUUGUUAAUAAAAUGAACAUUUAUGGAAUUUUAAAAGGCGACGAAGCUUUGACUAGGUUCUUUAGGCACGCUACACAAAUGUGCAUCGACCUAACAUACAGAAAUGAUCCAUCAAUUACUAAGACAAAGAUUUUCCAAUGGAUCGAUGCAUAUGUUCGAUUAAUUGCAUUGCUUGUAAAGCAUUCUGGCGAGACUUCCAACUCGACAACAAAGCUUAAUCUGUUGAAUAAGAUUCUUGGGAUUGUUAUUGGGCUUUUAUUGAAGGAUCAUGAGAUUCACAAAUUAAACUUCCAACAAGUUGGAUAUCAGAGAAUAUUCAUUAUGCUGUUCUUGGAACUAAGCUCAUCUGAUCCAGUUUUAGAGAAUAUUAUGACAAAUGUAUUGACAGCAUUCUGUCAUACAUAUCAUAUACUUCGUCCAUCAUUGGCGCCUGGAUUCUGCUAUUCAUGGCUUGAAUUGAUUUCUCAUAGAAUUUUCUUACAAAGAAUUCUGGCAACAACACCACAGACAAAGGGCUGGUCAAUGUACUCGCAAUUAUUAAUUGAUUUAUUCAAGUUCCUUGCUCCAUUUUUGAGAAAUGCUGAAUUAGCAAAGUCAGUGACGUUGAUGUAUAAAGGAACAUUACGUGUUCUUCUCGUUCUACUUCACGAUUUUCCCGAAUUCCUUUGUGAUUAUCACUUUGGAUUCUGUGACGUAAUUCCACCAAAUUGCAUUCAAAUGAGAAACUUGAUAUUGUCAGCUUAUCCCCGAAAUAUGCGCUUGCCCGAUCCUUUCACUCCUAAUUUGAAGGUGGACAUGCUAAGUGAUAUUAAUACAGCACCGCGCAUACAUUGUAAUUAUGCAGCCGCAAUUCAGCCACAAAACUUUAAGAAGGAUCUUGACUCAUACUUGAAGGCAAGACACCCAGUCACAUUCUUGGCAGAAAUCAGAGGACAUUUACAGAUCUCGAACGAGCCAGGAUCACGCUACAAUAUUCCAUUAAUGAAUGCUUUAGUAUUGUACGUUGGAACGCAAGCAAUUCAAAAUAUACGUCAAAAGAAUCAGAAUCCAACAAUUACAAACAUCAUUCAUAAUGCACAUAUGGAUAUACUUCAGAACUUGGCAGUCGAUCUUGAUAAUGAAGGACGCUAUUUGUUCCUUAAUGCAAUUGCUAAUCAACUACGCUACCCAAAUAUUCAUACACAUUACUUUAGUUGCGCGUUGCUCUAUCUUUUCGAUGAAGCUAAUUCUGAAGCCAUUCAAGAGCAAAUUACCCGUGUGCUUUUAGAAAGAUUGAUUGUAAAUAGGCCACAUCCUUGGGGCUUAUUAAUCACAUUUAUUGAAUUGAUAAAGAAUCCAUCGUAUAAAUUCUGGGAUCAUGAUUUCGUGCAUUGUGCUCCAGAAAUUGAAAAAUUGUUUGAAUCUGUCGCACGUUCUUGUAUGGUCAAAACUCAACAAUCACAGGAAUUUGAUUCUGUAAAACCAAUGGUCGAGAAUCCAUCAGACAUUUAA